GGCUGGUGCGGGGCGGGCGGGCCCCGGAAUUGUCAUUUCUUUGUUUCCGAAGGCGGAGGAGGCUCUGAACCCCCCCCUCCCCGCGCCACCCCCUCCCCCCCGGGUGCUGGCUCCAUGUCUGUGUGACCGGCCCCAGGGGUAGAGUCCAGGCCCGACGCGGGGCGGGCCGGAGGCGGCGGCGGCAGCGGCGGCUGAGGUGAGAGGCGGCGGUGCGGGCACCGGCCCCGCAGCGAGAGGAUGAAGCGGCGGAACGCCGACUGCAGUAAGCUCCGCCGCCCCCUAAAGCGGAACCGGAUCACCGAGGGCAUCUACGGCAGUACAUUUCUAUACCUGAAAUUCCUGGUUGUGUGGGCACUUGUCCUCCUUGCAGAUUUUGUCCUGGAGUUCAGAUUUGAAUACCUGUGGCCAUUCUGGCUUUUCCUCAGAAGUGUCUUUGAUUCCUUCAGAUACCAGGGACUGGCCUUCUCAGUAUUUUUUGUUUGUGUAGCAUUCACAUCAAAUAUAAUAUGUCUGCUCUUCAUUCCCAUACAAUGGCUUUUCUUUGCUGCUAGCACAUAUGUAUGGGUUCAAUAUGUAUGGCACACAGAACGGGGAGUGUGUUUGCCUACAGUAUCCCUCUGGAUACUCUUUGUUUAUAUUGAAGCAGCAAUUAGAUUUAAAGAUCUCAAAAAUUUUCAUGUAGACCUUUGUCGUCCAUUUGCUGCUCACUGUAUUGGUUAUCCUGUGGUGACUUUGGGCUUUGGCUUCAAAAGUUAUGUGAGCUACAAAAUGCGGUUAAGAAAGCAAAAGGAAGUGCAAAAAGAGAACGAAUUUUACAUGCAGCUUCUUCAGCAAGCCCUUCCUCCAGAGCAACAGAUGCUACAGAAACAAGAAAAAGAGGCAGAGGAAGCAGCCAAAGGAUUACCUGAUAUGGAUUCCUCGAUCCUUAUACAUCACAAUGGAGGCAUCCCAGCCAACAAAAAACUGUCUACAACUUUGCCAGAGAUAGAAUAUCGAGAAAAAGGGAAAGAAAAGGACAAGGAUGCCAAAAAACACAACGUUGGAAUAAAUAACAACAAUAUUCUACAACCUGUAGACUCUAAAAUACAAGAAAUUGAGUAUAUGGAAAACCAUAUCAAUAGUAAAAGAUUAAAUAAUGAUCUUGUGGGAAGUACAGAAAAUCUCUUAAAAGAGGACUCAUGCACUGCUUCCUCAAAAAAUUACAAAAAUGCCAGUGGAGUUGUGAACUCCUCUCCUCGAAGUCAUAGUGCUUCAAAUGGGAGCAUCCCUUCCUCCUCUAGUAAAAACGAGAAGAAGCAGAAGUGCACCAGUAAGAGUCCAAGUACACAUAAGGACUUAAUGGAAAACUGUAUUCCUAAUAACCAGCUAAGCAAACCAGAUGCUUUGGUAAGGCUGGAACAAGACAUUAAAAAGUUAAAGGCUGACCUGCAAGCCAGCAGGCAAGUGGAACAAGAGCUCCGCAGUCAGAUCAGCUCCCUCUCAAGCACUGAGCGAGGGAUGCGUUCAGAAAUGGGCCAGCUCCGGCAGGAGAACGAGCUGCUGCAGAACAAGUUACAUAAUGCUGUGCAAAUGAAGCAAAAAGAUAAGCAGAAUAUCAGCCAGUUGGAAAAAAAGCUAAAAGCUGAACAGGAAGCCCGAAGUUUUGUAGAAAAGCAGUUAAUGGAGGAGAAAAAAAGGAAGAAGUUAGAAGAAGCCACUGCUGCCCGGGCUGUUGCAUUUGCGGCUGCAUCUAGGGGAGAAUGCACUGAAACCUUGCGGAACCGGAUCCGAGAACUAGAAGCAGAAGGCAAGAAGCUCACAAUGGACAUGAAGGUGAAAGAAGACCAGAUUAGAGACCUAGAACUGAAAGUUCAGGAGCUUCGGAAGUAUAAGGAAAAUGAGAAGGACACUGAGGUGCUAAUGUCAGCCCUCUCCGCCAUGCAAGACAAAACACAGCACCUGGAGAACAGCCUAAGUGCAGAGACGAGAAUCAAGCUGGACCUGUUCUCUGCUCUGGGCGAUGCAAAACGACAGCUCGAGAUUGCACAGGGACAAAUCCUCCAGAAAGACCAGGAAAUCAAGGACCUAAAACAGAAAAUAGCCGAAGUCAUGGCUGUCAUGCCCAGCAUAUCGUACAGUGCCGCCACCAGCCCCCUGAGCCCCGUCUCUCCCCACUACUCUUCCAAGUUUGUGGAGACCAGCCCCUCUGGACUCGAUCCCAAUGCCUCUGUCUACCAGCCCUUGAAGAAAUGAAGGCCCGCUGUGUGUGCCCAAGCAUUUGGUGACCAGAAGGCCUCGAAAGCAGCGUCUCUGGCAGUCAAGAUUUAAAAAAAAAAAAAAAAAAAAAAGUUUAUAUUGUAUUUUGUGGGACUGUAUAUGUUGUCAUUUUUAAAAAGGGGGGAUUAUAACAUCCAAAUCUGAUUAGAACUGCCCGUCAGUUGUCCUGUAAAUUUCUAGAAGACCUCACAGAACUUUGCAGGGUUGUUUUUUUUUUUGUUUUUUGUUUUUGUUUUUGGCCAACACAUUAAAACCAUUCUUGGAUUUCAAGUAGCCAAUUUUGCCUUUUAUGUAUUCUUACAUGGUUUCCUCUUGAAGAAAAAAAAAAGCAAGAGUUUUUGUUUUUGAACUCUUUGUUCUUAAAUAAGCAAUCAAACUGCAUAUUGAAUUCCCGUGGGUUCUAACGAACACUUCAUUUUUAGGGUAAAAAGAGUUAAUACGUUAACACAGCUUUGGUUUCAUAGCUGCCAUAAAGAAAACAAAAAUGGCCCCUCCACAGACCAAACCAAGUCAAGAAGCGUCACGAAAGCUGAGGCGAGCGAAGGGCUAGAGUAGCUGACCGAGCACGCAGACUGUGUCUGUCUGAAGCAUCUGUCCCCUCGGGGUGUGGUUAGUCCUAGAAAACGGUGAGCAGCAGCUUCGCGGUGCCUUGGGAAAAGACAUUUCAAGAGGAAACAUGGUCAUUUAAAACUAUUUUCCCUCAUUUCUGUCAUCUGUCUUCUAUCUGUACCAAGCUCACUGCGGAUCCUGCCGUACAGCUGGUGGGUAACGGGGCGUUUAUUACCAGCAUGCCACCUCUUCCGUCUCUUCUCUAGAAAGCAUCAUGGGGUUCUGUGCUUAUCAUGGCCGUGCUUCUGGGGUGACGGCAGCUGGGUGACAUUUGUGUAUGAGGGACUUGUAAUGAUGGCUAGUAAAAGCUGUGGUUGAGGGUUUCCAGGGGUUUCCCCUCCUUUCAUUUAACUGGCCUUUCUUCACAUUUCAUCAUCUUGUGUUUGAUGAUUUAAAAGAAGGUUGACCAUUCCUCAGCUCUGUGCCAAGGAGGGAUUUUUGGGGUUUUGUGGUUGUUUUUUUUUUAAUAUUUUAAAUUCAAGACACCGCACAGCGAUAUUGUUUUUUAACUGUGUAUUAUACAUUGGUAGGAAGGUGUUUGCGCAGGCAACUUCUGGAAGUGUUUCAGAAUCAGGGUGGGCUGGGGGGGAGGGAUGGGAGAGAGGGGCAGAGCAAACCUGUAUUUGGAAACUAGGAAAAAUUAAGAAACCAAAUAAAUUGGUUUUGCAUCCUUACCAUGGAUUCUGGAAGGACAUAGUUCUAAAA